AAUGUUGACUUUUGGAGAGAAAAAAACGGUAUAAAAAAACGAAGAAUCAUCUCAACAUUUUGCUUUAGAGAGAUGGCGGAUUAGGGGGGUUGAGACUGGUUUCAUAUGUCGACAGAAUAACGCACACGGGAGCAGGGAAAGAGAGAGAGAGAGGAAGACAGAAGGAGAGGAGAGAAGAGAAGGAGGGGGUUAAGUUCACAAAUUCAAGGAAUUGCAGUUUGAUGGCGUUGUCGGAAGUUUCAAAGAAUGGGGAAAAGUACUAGCCCGCGGGGGAUCAUAAAGGCGAAAUUGAUGACAAAGCCACCAAUAUACAUCCCAGGAUUCAAUUAAUGUUGGAAUGACGAGUAUAAAGAACUUUGAUGACGCGGUUUGAAUGUAGUUGAAGAAGAAGCUGAGGUUGCAUAUUUUGGAUUCGCGUUCCCAGUGGAAAUCGGGACGGAGGAAAAAAAUGUGGCAGACAGAUACAGAAGGAACGAUGUGAGCUGAGACGAGCAGGGACUUUUAUAAUGUGUAUAAUAUUUCAGUCACUUUUGGUUUUGCGCAUUGUCUUUUUUUUUAACGUUUCUUUUUCAAGAGCGGGUCGAACGGAGGAAAACUUUUGUUUAUUCCAGAAUGGGCAUGGACUUUUAUCGAAAUGUCAGCGGUAGUUUUGCCGUUAGUUUUCUGGUAACCUAUUUGAAUACAGUCUUAAAGAAGAUACUCUGUAGCCGACCUCUUCUCACACGAAUGUCUGAUUUUAAGAGAGAUGCAGCGAGCCGUUAUUGGACGCAACAAUGAGGCCUUACUGUAUUUUUAUUGCAACAAUUGCCAUAAUCGGUAUCCUUGUGGAUUGCAACCUAAAUUCAUUUUCAUUGUAUUUUGCCGUGAAAUAAAUCAGUAAUAUGUUGACAUCGGUUAGAGUUAAGACAAAAUAAAACCAAUAUCUAUUUGAUGACUUUUUUCCGUUGUUGGUAAAGAUUUUGAUCGGGUUUCCACUCGUACUGUACAGCUCACCCAGGAGGACUGCAUUUUGGUGGAUGAAAGAUUGGAGACCCGUUCUACUGGGGUUCUGGCACGGGACAACGACUCGAAUCAACGCACCAGUCCCGGGGACAGGCUGCUCGCUCGAGCGCCCGGUGGUCGCCCUACAUGACACCCUGCACUCAGAAGAUCCGGAUUUUUAAGGCUUUAACUCAAUAACCCUGGAAUCUAAUCUGAUUUACUUUUUUUUGUGAGAUAACCCGCAUCGUAUCCUGUGUUGUCUAUGCUAUGCCUGUGUAAACUGUGACCAGGCAGGUAUGCAGUUGAACCGGCCGAAGAGCGCUUUAGUGACGAGCUUCAGCCCGCCGAUGGUUCCGGAGACAGCAGCCAGUAGGAGUACCAGCACGGUUUCCUUCUCCAGACAGUUCAAAACAAUGCGCUUCUCCUACCACAUCAGCAGCGGCAUGCCAAGUCCACAACCACCGCUGCGCGGGAUACGCCCGUCCUCUUCCAGUCCUCGGCUGAUGACUAAGAGCCUGUCUCUGGAUCCUGGUGCUCACGGUGCCUGCCUCGGGGCCCAUGCCGAUGACUCAGACACCCAGACCCCUCGCCUCAGCUCAGACCCCGGAUCCCUAACCUCCGGGUCCCUUGGUCUGCACCCAUCCAUGCCCCUGCUGUACCCAGCUGGACACGGCUGUAACGGAGGAGACGACGGUGGUACUCCUCAGGAAGUGCCCUCCACCGCCCUCAAGAGACGCCCUCCUCUACCUGGGCCUAAACCACAAGUGCCCCCAAAGCCUCCUCACCUGCAGCAGAGUGCUGGUGCUCCUAGGCCCUGCCCCCGCGUCCCAGACAAGCCCCUCCCACCUCCCCCACCCUGCAGACCUCUGCCUGCAGACCCCAGAGGGGGAGGACCCUGCCGGCCGCCGACACUCCCCCGCGCCGAGGGACGCUCCUCCCCCACCGCCUGUGUGCUCUCCCUCAUUGAGAAGUUUGAGAGGGAGCAGAUCAUUGUGGUGCCUGAUAUCAUGGGAGGGGGCCUCUGCAACCCCAGGGUCCCUGAGACAGGACCAGGUGGGGGCCCCUUCUCUCCCCCGCCUGUCUCAGAGCUCACUCUCGGCUGUCUCCACGUGGCCUGCCCUCCUGGUUCCUCUCGAGAGCUGGAUGACCUACCUCAGGGGCUGGCUGUGUUGUCUGGCGUGGUGCUGGGAGAGAAAGCAGCAGAGACAGACAACACGGAGGAGGAUAAUGAUAAAGAACUAGGAGCGUUGUGCUCUGCCUCUGACAAGCGCCUGUCCAUGGAGUCCGGUUAUAGCGCCUCAGAGAAACUCACAGAUGCCGUGGAGAUAAGGGGGCAGGCGGAGCCAGAAAGCCAAUCAGGGAUCCCCUCUGACAACUUGUCCCUCCUCCAGCCGCAGACGGACGGCAAACUGGCCAAUCGGGACUCUGGCAUUGACAGCAUCAGCUCUCCGUCCCACAGCGAGGAGCUGUGUUUCGCCGGCGACGAGGACCGGGUCAUCUACCCAUGUAGUCCCGCCCUCACGCUGCCACGCCUCUCUAGCUCCUCCUCCUGCAGCUAUGCGGAGGGCCCGGGGGGAGAGGGGGCGUCGGCUGAGGGUGGGGGGGAUUCGGAGGGGGACAGUGACUUGGAGGAGGGAAGCGGGGAUGAGACCAUUGAGCUCAUCAACCCCAUGAUGGAUCUCCAACCUCUGGCACUGGCCCUGCCUAAAACAGACAGACAGGACUCUACAGAGCUGUCGGUGCAGCAGCGUGUGUUCAACAUAGCCAAUGAGCUCCUCCACACAGAGAAGGCCUACGUGUCUCGGCUGUACCUCCUGGACCAGGUGUUCUGCUCCUCCCUCCUAGAGGAGGCGCGCUCCCGCUCCUCCUUCCCUCUAGACGUGGUCAUGGGUAUCUUCUCCAACAUCUGCUCUAUAUACUGUUUCCACCAGCAGUUCCUGCUCCCCGCCCUGGAGAAACGCAUGGCAGAGUGUGUCUUCUGCAUAGUGAUCUCCUUCAACAGUGUCUUCUGCAUAGUGAUCUCCUUCAACAGUGUCUUCUGCAUCGUGUUCUACCUAAUCGGUAUUUUCUCAUUAAAUGUAAAUGUAAAUGUAGAUGUGCGAAAGUGCAUUGUGCAAAGGUUUUUUGUUCCCUUGCGCAGCACAUUGACUUCCUGUGUGUGUAUCAUACAGGAGCGUAUGCGUAAACUGCUGAAGGUGUAUGAGUUGCUGGGAGGAGAGGAGGACAUCGUUAACCCUACUAACGAACUCAUCAAGGAGGGACACAUCCUCAAACUGUCGGCUAAGAACGGCACCUCACAGGACAGAUACCUCAUCCUGUUCAAUGAUAGGUUAUUGUACUGCGUCCCUAAACUGAGGUUGAUUGGUCAGAAGUUUGGGGUGAGGGCCAGGAUUGAUGUGGAUGGGAUGGAGCUGAAGGAGAGCAGCAGUAUUAAUGUUCCCAGGACCUUCCUGGUGUCUGGGAAACAGCGCUCACUAGAGCUCCAGGCCAGGACUGAAGAAGAGAAGAGAGAUUGGAUCCAAGCUAUCCAGGCCACUAUCCAAAGACAUGAACAGACGCUCGCCACGUUCCACCAUCUCAACUGUUCUCUCCGAGAUGAGGACUACACUCCUCCCAACUCACCUAACUGUAAUGAGCUGGGGAAGCGUGCCCCUACUCCGAUCCGUGAGAAGGAGGUGACUCUGUGUAUGAAGUGCCAGGAGCCGUUCAACUCCAUCACCAAGAGACGUCACCACUGCAAGGCCUGUGGACACGUGGUGUGUGGAAAGUGUUCAGAGUUCAGGGCCCGUCUGCUCUACGACAACAACAGGGCUAACAGGGUGUGCAUCGCCUGCUACACCACCCUAGUGGGGGUUCCCCCCUCCCCCGCCAGUCUGACAAGCAGCACAUACAGAAGACGGUCAAUAUUAGAGAAACAGGCGUCAGUGGCAGCAGAGAACAGUGUGAUGUGUAGCUUCCUCCACCACAUGGAGAAGGGAGCAGGCAGAGGCUGGCAGAAAGCCUGGUUUGUCAUCCCAGAGAAUGAACCACUGGUGCUGUACAUAUACGGUGCUCCUCAGGAUGUGAAAGCCCAGCGCUCUGUCCCUCUGAUUGGCUUCGAGGUCUCCCUUCCUGAGUCAUGUGACCGCAUGGAACGCCGCUUUGCCUUCAAAAUCAGCCAAUCACACCUUACGCUCUACUUCAGCGCCGACGGGGAGGAGCUACAGCGCCGCUGGACAGAGGUCCUAUCACGUGCAGGGAGAGGGGAGGAGCUACAGGCUCACGGUUCAAUCAUAGAGACCCUAGAGGAGGAAGGGGAGGAGACUGCAACCUCGGGAGAAAAUACGUGAUUGGUUAGAAGGCAUAAAAUCAGUAUUAGAUCAUCUGCUGUAUACACAUAAAAACUACAAACUACAAACUGUACAGAUCAUGAGAAGCACACACACACAGUCUAAGACUUACAAACACACACACACACAGACAGAUUUACGGACACACAGACACACACCUCUCUGUAUUUAAUGUCAGUGAUCAGUCAGUUGCAUGAUAAUCUGCGGGUCCGUUUCUUUCAGUCAGUGUAUUGCUCAUCGUCUCAUUAGUGAACCAGUGUUUGCAAUAACGAAACAAUGCCAGUCGAAGUAAAGUGUUGCUCCUUCUCCUCCCUUCAGAAGAAAUACAUUACAUGAAGAUUAGUGUGUCAUAGUGAUUUUACAUCCUUUCAUUCUGAGCACAGAACAGACAUCCUCCUCCGUACCAUUUUCCUCUGCCAAAAUCCAUGUUGAUGAUGUCAUGUUUAGAACAUUGAGUGGUUACUAUGCUGUCUGAGUGUUCUAGGGUUCUGAGUGUUCUAGGGUUCUAUGGUUCUGAGUGUUCUAUGGUUCUGAACGUGUGUAACUCUCCACAGAAGGAAGUAGAAAGCUGAUUAUACCCCACAGCUGUGUUUCUGUGUCUGUUCCUCAAUGUGAAAUGGCUGUUGUUUGGAUGGUGAUGGUGAUUGUAAUCCUAUCCUAUCUGUUACUUUCUUCCUAAUGCAAUGAGAUGAUUCCUGAAGGGCUGGACAGUGUUUGGAAUAUAAUGAUGAACUGAGGGCUAACUGACCCCUGGACGGAGGGACGGACAGAGACUGUCCCUGAAUCCCUGGCCCUUUGGCUGAAGAGAAGAGGAAACGAUAUGGCUGUCUGCUACAACUGCUCGUUCCCGAGUCUGCUCCUGGGGAUGUUAAGCUACAGAUGGAGGAUCAUAAUAUGAGACAGUUUGCUACAGCGGGAAUCCUGCAGCAACAGGAAAUGUGAAUUCAUAUGUGGAUUAUAAUAAAUGACCCUUUUUUUUUUUUUUAGUAAGGAUUGAUAAUGAAAAUUGUUACGCCAAAUCAAGUCUGAAAUUUUAAAGUGUACAAACAAACAAACCUUAGAAGUGUUUUUUAAACCUUGAAUAUACUACAAGUUUGCACAAAAGAGUGAUCAAAUGAAGAUCCAUCAUCUGUAUAGCCUUUCACGUCUACUCUGGGGGGGAUGUGUUACAGUCUUACAGUCACCAGGUGGUAUCCUUCCUCCUCAAGCACUCUCUCUCGUCGGGUUCGGCUGUAUAGAAUUUAGAAUAUAGAAUUCCCCAAUUUGAAACGGUCCCUUUUUAUGGAAAAUAGUUUGCUUAGUUCUUGUACGGGGCCAAGUUGUUUUGUACGUAGAGCGUGGAAAGAAGAUGCUGUUACAUUACCACAGGUAACGAUUAU